UGUUAUCUCCAGACUUUGACUUGUGCCAUAUGAGAUAAAGGCCAACAUGACAGCUGAUGGUGAACAAUUGAAGGUUGGAAUUGUUGGUGGAGGUAUAGUGGGAGCAUAUACUGCAUUAGCAUUAUCUCAUUUACCCAAUGUAUCAAUUACUGCCUAUGAGAAAUCACCUCAUCCAUCAGAAUUAGGAGCGUGGAUCGCAUUACCAAAUCAAUCUAUUGAUAUGCUUAGUAAGUUUAUACCAAUUGAAAAAAUUAAUUCUAUUGCUUAUAAAGGUACUUCAGAUAAAGAAUAUGUUAGUCGUCAUUGGAAGACAGGAGAAAUACUUUAUACUCAACCAACAUAUAAUAGAAGUAAACCAUUUGUAGAAGCUAGAACCCAUAGAGUGGCUUUACUUAAUCUUUUAUUAGAAUAUGUACCUCCAGGCAUAAUUCAAUAUGAUCAUAAAGUUUCUGAAGUUGAAUUUGUUAAAAAUGACUCUAAAAUUAUUAUUCAUUUUGAAAAUCAACCUUCUUCUUCAGAAUUUGAUUUAGUUGUGGCUGCUGAUGGUAUCUACUCAAAAAUUAGACACCAAUUUAAUCCAAAUACCUUGAAAUACCGAGGUUCUGUAGCAUAUAGGAGUGUAUUUGAUGAAUCAUAUAUUAGUCAUAUUGAGGGCAUUUCUGAUGAUACCUCUAAUUGGGUGAGUCCUGGUGGUAAAUGGGUUUUCUUAUCUCUAGUUGGAUUGGGUCAAUAUGGAAUUGUAGCUUCAAUUGCCGAACCCUAUGAAACUUUUAAAAAAUUAAAGUGGAAUAAAUCAAUUGGAGAUGAAGGAAAGAAAUAUUUGAUUGAAGCUUUUAAGGAUUGGGAUGCUGUGGUUCCUCAAGUUAUUGAAGCUGUACCAGAUAUUUUAGCAUUCCCAUUAGAAUCAGGUAACUGGUUACAUAAUUUGGUGGUAAAAGAAAGAUUAGUAUUUGCUGGUGAUGCAGCACAUCCAACAGCUGGUGCUUAUGGUUCUGGGGCAGGUUUUGGAUUUAGUGAUGCCUGGGCAUUAUAUAGAUCCCUACAAGAGACUUCAUCUAACUAUUGGUAUGAAAGUACACCUCAAGCUUCUAAAUACAAUUUAAAAUUGACAACUUUCUUAUUUAAUGAAACUCGAAGACAUUUCUUAAAGCGAGUCGAACAACAGUUAACUAUAGAUGGACUUCAAUCGAAAGAACGCAUUCAACCUCCCACUGACACUGACGAUUCAGAGUGGAGAAGUCGAUAUUUGAUUAAGAGACACGGAGGAGAGUGGAUCAGAUCGCACAAUGCUGAGUUUGAAUUUCAAAAGAUCAGAGAUCAAUAUCUAGUUUAUUUGCAAAAGAACCUAUCUAGCUUCAUUGAAGCUGGCCAUGGGUAUGAACAACUUGACGAAUUAAAAAGUGCUGAAAAUAUCUAAGAUGCUUAUUCUGUGUAAAUAUAUUGUACAAUUUCUAUAUAUAAUAUACAGCAUAAUAAUAUUAUAGCG